GCCGCCGUUCUAUUCUAUCACGAGCGUCACGAACCGGCAACCGGCCUCGUCGCGAGGGCGCCCCAGCCAACGUUGCAUUCCCGGCGUAGAAGGAGGAGCCAUCCACAUGACCACAACGGCCCCCGCUCCGUGUCUGCUCCAUUGAAACCAGAGCGCACCAUCACUCCCGCGCCGCACAUAUCACUGCACCCCGAGACCGAGGGCGCGGGCACCACCGCUCGCCGGCCCAUCCCGAGCAGUUAGCCGCCCCCGCUUCUCUUCUCACGGCUGCGCAUGCAGCCACGGCCCCUGGCGGCGGUGGCGGUGGCCUCCGCGCCUUUCCCGCCGUCAUGGGCGCACCAGGUCCGCGAGGCGGCGACCCAGGGGGACUUCCACCACGCCAUCGCACUCUUCCUCCGGAUGCGCGCCGCCGACGCCCCCGCCGCGCCCCGCUCCGCCGUCCCGGCGUCCCUCCCGGCCGCGCUCAAGUGCUGCUCCGCCCUCGGCCUCCCCGCCCUCGGCGCGUCCCUCCACGCGCUCGCGCUCCGCUCCGGCGCCUUCGCCGACCGCUUCACCGCCAACGCGCUCCUCAACCUCUACUGCAAGCUCCCUGCAGCGCCGUGCCGCUCCCCCGGGACGGAAGACGCGGCAGGGGAGUCGUUGGAGAGCAUGCGGAAGGUGUUCGACGAAAUGACCGAGAAGGACCCCGUGUCCUGGAACACGCUGGUGUUCGGGUGUGCGGAGAAGGGGAGGCACCAAGAGGCUCUGGUAGUGCUCAGGGAGAUGUGGAUAGAUGGGUGCAAGCCAAACUCGUUUACCUUGUCGAGUGUGCUGCCGAUCUUCGCCAAGUGCUCCGACGUCAGGAGGGGAAUGGAAGUCCAUGGCUUUGCAACCAGGAACGGUUUUGUUGAUGAUGUGUUCGUUGGCAGCAGCUUGAUCGAUAUGUACGCAAACUGCACUCGAACGGAUUACUCGGUCAAGGUGUUCGACAGUCUCCCGUGCCGCGAUGCUAUCCUGUGGAACUCAAUGCUUGCGGGGUGUGCACAGAAUGGGUCUGUGGAGGAGGCUCUUCGAAUAUUUCGCCGCAUGCUGCAUUCUGGAGUUAGACCUCUGCCUCGUACUUUCUCGAGCCUCAUACCUGCCUGUGGAAAUGUUGCUUCGUUGCUUCUCGGCAAGCAGCUGCAUGCGUACGUCAUCUUUGGAGGGUUUGACGGUAAUAUGUUCAUAUCUAGCUCCCUGAUUGACAUGUAUUGCAAAUGUGGAAACGUGAGCAUAGCUCGUCACAUCUUUGAUCGAAUGCAGUCACCUGAUACUGUAUCCUGGACUGCAAUGAUCAUGGGACAUGCUUUACAUGGUCCAGCAAGAGAGGCUCUGUUGUUGUUUGACAGGAUGGAGUUGGGAAAUGUGAAGCCUAAUCAUAUCACGUUUAUAGCCGUUUUAACUGCGUGCAGUCAUGCUGGAUUGGUGGACGAGGGCCGGAAGUAUUUCAACAGAAUGUCGGACCAUCACGGCAUUGUUCCCUCUCUUGAGCAUUAUGGAGCACUUGCAGAUAUUCUUGGCCGUGCAGGGGAGUUGGAAGAAGCCUACAAUUUCAUCUCUAAGAUGCAAAUAAAACCAACCGCAAGUGUCUGGUCCACGUUGUUAAGGGCUUGCAAGGUCCACAAAAAUACCGUGUUAGCUGAAAAAGUUGCCAAGAAAAUAUUUGAGCUUGAACCUAGGAGCAUGGGAUCUCAUGUAAUUUUAUCGAACACGUAUUCGUGUUCUGGGAGAUGGAAUGAAGCAGCACACCUGAGGCGAUCUAUGAGAAAGAAGGGCAUGAAGAAGGAACCAGCUUGCAGUUGGAUUGAAUUGAAGAACAAACGGCAUGUUUUUGUAGCUCAUGAUAAGUCCCAUCCUUGGUAUGAAAGGAUUAUUGGUGCACUUAAUAUUUUCUCAGAGCAGAUGGCACGUCAAGGUUAUGUUCCCAAUACAGAGGAUGUUUUCCAGGAUCUUGAAGAAGAGCAGAAGAGCCAUGUGUUAUGUGGUCACAGUGAAAAACUUGCUAUGGUAUUUGGUAUUUUGAAUACACCUCCUGGAACAACAGUUCGUGUGAUGAAAAAUCUUCGAAUUUGUGUUGACUGCCACACGGUAACAAAAUUUCUUUCAAAGAUAGCUCAGAGGGAGAUUGUUAUGCGUGAUGCAAACCGUUUCCACCAUUUUAAGGAUGGAACCUGUUCUUGCGGUGACUUUUGGUGAUUGAAGAACAGUUUGGGAUCAACGUCAUGUUCAUGACAUGAUUUCCUAUUGGAAAUGCACCUGUACAUCAACGUCAGGAUGAGGUUAUUUCUGACUUUUUUUAAUGUGAUUCCUGCAUUUCCUGGAGUGCUAUUCUUUGUCAAAUAGCAGGUAAAUUAUAUUCCUGUUAUCAAAUCUGAGUUACCUACUUACCUUCCAUAAAAAACAAUGUUGGGAGUAAUGUGGGCAAACCUUAGUAUCCCCCUUGACAUUUGUAAGUACUCCCUCCAUAAACUAAUACAAGAGCGUUUAGAUCACUAGUAGUGAUCUAAACGCUCUUAUAUUAGUUUACAGACGGAGUACUAAAUAGUUCUGAUACCUGUUACCUUAUUUACAUCGUAUUGGAUGGAGCAUUGACCAUGUAAAACGACCAAGUGAUCAUCCCUGGAACAAAUUUUGCAGAAUACAAUGUCUCGUAUGCUUUUUACUACUGCUUGGAACCUUGCUUCAGCAACUCAUUUUUCCUGGCAAUAGGUUGUUGCCGUCCUUGCAUAUUCAUCCCCUACUGUUUGUCACAAAUCUUUCUAACUAAUAAAGCAAUCUAUUUUCCUAACAAAUGUUAUUGCUAGUUAUUUCACUGACCUUUUCUGUUCAAAGCAUCGAUACCAGGUGUAGAAUCAUGUAUGAAGAUUUUGGCACAGGUUGAAUUAGAGACUAGUUGUACAGUCCUAGGAAAUGCUCUAAGUACAGAUCUUGUGCAGAUCAAACAAUAGAAAAUAAGACACAACAGUUGCUUCAGAAGGGUCCAAAAGAUGGCUUCAAACCCUCCUUAAAACAUUUUCAAGCAUUCUUUAUGGUUGCCACAUGGAGAUUGAGAUGAACAGCCAGUUCGAGCAGCUAACAGCCGACGUGAUCUCGCGGGUGGUGUCUGGGAGCAACCAUAGAGAGGCAAAUUUAGUCCAUCUGGUGCAGAAGGAGGUCCAGUUUCUUGCCUUCUCCAGUAUAUUCAACGUUUUUAGCCAUGUCCCGGGAUUCAGAUGUCUUCCAACAAAAACACCAGAAGCUCCAGAAAGAGGUGAAGAGCAUCCUCGCCAAUAUUGUCCAAAGGAAAGCGACAUUCAGGAUUUUCUUACAUAGCUUUACCAGUAGAUUGAUACAUUUAAAUAUCACCAAAUCAAUCCUUUUAGGAUUACAUUCGGACAUUGCUUCCAUGAAAUCAUUUUCUUGUAGGGCACUAAAACCAUCCAAUUGUAUCUUGAGCUGAAGCACUAAAAUGAAUCAA